CACCACGCGCCCAUCCUCCCUCCUCUUCCUUGCCGCGGCAGAAUACAAAAACCGACGUCCCCGCCGACGUGCGCCUCACGAGACCGACCCGCCCGCCGUCCCACUCCCCCGCUUCUUAUAUAUUCUCGCCCCGCCUCCGGCCCCAACUCCACUUAGACCGCCUCCGCCCACGCAUCAUCGACGGUGAAGCGUAGGUAGCGAGCGCCUCCACAGAUCGGGAUCAGGCGGCGAUGGACUUCUCCGGCGAUGUCAAGCAGGCGAUCCCCCGCCCGGCCGUCGCUUUCGGCGGCGUCGGCAGCGCUGGCCCGUCCCCGCUGCUCCGGGGCUGGCGGGAGUUCAGGCGGAGCGGCGCGCCCGUCAGGUUCCUCUGCUUCGAGGGCGGCGCCUGGGCUGAUGUCGUGGGCGAGGCGGCUGUGCCUCUGCGCCGGGCGUUCCUGGACGGGAGGGUGGUCGCCGAGGCCGCGUAUGGCGGCAGGGAGUUCCUGUUCGACUUCUUGCGGAUGGUGCGCAUCGACGCUGGCACCGCCCAGGAGGUCGCCAUGGGCUGGAUUGACGACCGCGGGGCCUGCUUCUUCCCUGUGCCGGACAGCGGGCGGAAGAGGAAGAGGGGCGAGCCUGAGCUGGAGGACGGGGCGUUGUCCGGGGUGGAGGAGGGGUCCGACGAGAGCAGCGACACGGUGGAGUCCGGCAGGGUCAGCAAGGCGGCCCGCGGGGCUUGGGGCAGGGCGGUGAGGCUGGAGGAGACGGACAAGUUCUACCAGGUUGUCAAGAAGCUCUUCCUCAGCGGGAUUGCCCCCCGGGUGGGCGGCGGCGUGGCGAUCACGGCGGUGCACAAGGUCGCCCAGGGUCCCCGGUGCAGGGCUUUCCAGCAGCAGGGACAGCUCCUGGCCGCUGCGCGCGGCGCCGACGGGGGCAAUGCCAAGUUCGCGUGGUACGGCGCGCCGUCGGCGGACGUGGCCGCGGCGGUGGAGCACGGGUUCGGGAGGACCAACAGCCGGGUCCUCGGCCAUCGCGCGCACGGCGACGGCGUCCACCUCUCGCCGCCUCAGUCUCCUUACGCCAGCGCAAUGCUAGCAAAUGCAGAUGAGAACGGCGAGGCGCACAUCGUGCUGUGCCGUGUUCUGAUGGGCCGGCCAGAGGCCAUCCCAGCCGGGUCCUCCCAGCUCCACCCCAGCAGUGACGAUUACGACAGCGCCGUCGACAACAUGCAGAAUCCCCAGUGGUACGUUGUUUGGAGCAAGGAUAUGAACACGAGGAUCCUCCCAGAGUACGUCGUCAGCUUCAAGUGCCCCAGCCUCCAUCAGAUGCAAGGAUCAUCGGGAGCGACCUCCGCCCUAAAGAAGCCUUCGCCGGUGGCUCGUGACAUGUUUCCGACGCUUCUAGCAGAGAUCCAGCGGUUCGUGCCAUCCUCCAAGCUGGAGACAUUGCAGGGGACCUACAAUCGCUUCAAGAAAGGGCAGAUGAAGAAGGAUCAGUUCAUCCGGUUCUUGCGCGCCUUCAUCGGCGACAGGGUGUUGACAGCAGUUGCCAAGAAACUCCGAGGAUACUGAUGGACAGUGCAAGGGUGUUCUUCUGCUAGUUCUGUUGUCGUCAAAGUGGUGUGCUGGUGGUGAGGUGGUAGCUCAUUCGGCUGACUCCAUAGAACCGGAAGGGUGUGCGUGUCGGGUAUCAACCAGAUAGUUCUUCAUUUCUUAUGUCGCGGUAGUUUAGCCGAGAAUCGUUGUUGAUCUCAAGAACAUAGAGGGGUUACGGGCAAUCUUCCAUUAACCAACACAAAGUUAGAUUUUAUUCUUGGUUUCUGCUAUAUUUUACUUGGUAUUUUGUUACCUGCAAUCUGUACAGACUGAAAGUUCUACCAAUUUAUGCCUGAAAGCAAUCAUUUGUUCGACGCCA